AUAUCCAUGACUGGAGUACAAAUGCUCGUAUUCAUCACACAAACAUCUGCCCCCACCCCACCGAGUUCGAACCCGGGGCCUCUCCACCGGCGACACCAUGAAACCCGGCGUGUACGCCGGCCGAAUUUAGAGGUGUGGGGCAACGAAGGAGCAGUGGUCUCUACAUCUGGACCGAACCACUUACGAUUGGUACUCCCAUCCCCCAGGUUUGUUAAUAAUAACACCUUACAAAUGAAAUGUAAUAUAAGAGAACUUGCUCACCUGAGCGACCAGCCCUGCACCAUAGAAGGAAGGCUAAACUACAAAAAAAUUACGAAUGGAGGUUAUCGUAAUCAAACAGUAUUCAAAGAAAGAUGGUUUCGUCUUAUAAAUAAUUAUUUAUUUUAUUUCAAAAUUAGUGAAAUGGGUAAGUUUGAUACUAAAACUCCUGCUGGUUUGUUUGUAUUGGAAAAUUCCUCUAUACAAAUGGAACAUGGACAGAGUAUACCUUUUUCAUUUUCAGUAUCAUUCAUAGAUGAACCUGAGAAACGACACCUCUUUGCUGCACGAGCUGAGGAUAAUGUAAUACAGUGGGUAAUCAAGCUUAGAGAAAGUUCAUAUGAGUAUUUACGCAAUCAAUUGCAUACACUACAGUCUAAAAUAUUUUCCAUCACAGGAAAGGAUCCUCUGCUGAUGGUGCCUCGAAAUGAAGGUGCAUGUUUAUGGGCACCAGCAAUACCAUUUUCCACAACACCUGCAUGUUCUGUGAAUACAUUGACAAGUUCAUUUAGUUGUCACCUGCAUACAAAUAAUGCUUUUACUCUUGAAAGAAGUAAAUCAGAUGUACAAACCCAUCAACAUCUACGGUCUGAAUACAACAAAAAAACUACCUUUUAUACAGAUGAUGUGAAAUUAACUAAUGAAGUAAAAGUAGUACGACCUUCUAAUAAGUUGGAAAGGAGCAAAACUGCUGCAUUGUUUUCUGGUAGCACAAAUCCUGUAGAUGUAUCUAUAUUUGAUAAUAGACCAGCUUUCUCAAGAGCAGCACCAAGCCCUCCUGUAAGAGUAAAACUCUCACCCUCAAGUAGGCGAACAGAAGUUAACAAUGAAGUGAGAACAUUUACUGAGCAAGGGAAAAGCAUUGGUGCAACAGGUAUAUUAGAUGUAGUUCCAAUACCACCUAGAAGGAAAGUUUCACCAAAAACUUCAGGAGAUGUCCCUAGCAGUUCAAAUAUAUACAAUUCAAGUCAAUCCAAUGAUGAUCUAAUCAAAUUUUAA